AUGUUUUACUCUGUUUCCCUCUGUAACAAUUAUGGACAGUUCCCUAUUGACACAGAAUCUGUUAAAAAUGACCAUGAUUUCUUGGAUGAUGAUUCCUUCCAAGCUCUCUGCAGGAGACUUCAUAUCCUAAACAAAUGCUGUAAGGUGCAAAUAGAAACUCCAAGAAAAACAGGUGAUGAUUCUGAUGAAGAUGAACAAUGUGCUCUCAGUGAUAAGUGGAAAUACCAACGAAGCAGUCGUCGAUGGUCCCGUAUGGGUCUGCAAGUGGAUCAACCCUGUGGUUCAAAUCGUCCUUUCACUGUAAAAGGCAGUUCAAGCCAUGACAGUCUGUUGACUGACCAAGACAAUUACAGCCAGUUGGAAGAUAGUCCAACCUUCUCCACAAAUGACACAGCCCUUACGGAGUCUCUAGGGCAAUCUGAGACGAACAGUAAGUCUAGUGUCACAGAAAGCCAUACACCAAACAUGCCAACUGCCGGCCAUUCUUUCCUCAGCCCUAAACUAUCUCGAGCAACCAGUUUCCGACCUGCUCGGAACUUACUUCGACGAAUAGAAACACUAAGGAGCGGUGGGAGCUUACGCAAUAAAAAGCCAAUGGAUUGCUUAAUGAUUAGUAGUCCAGUGAUCACAGACACGGAUAACAUGAGAGAAAAAAUCCGACAUUUGAAUUGCGUGGAUCUUAAUAAUGGCCAAACAAACUCUCACGCACUCGUUUCACGGUCGAGAUCUGCUGAGAAUGCAAUAAGGGCCAAUUCUCCCGUUUCGUUAGACAACUCGACAGGCAGUGUAAAUGAAGAUAAUUCUGAGUCGUACUUACUGCCAUCAAGCACGGACAGCGUUUCAGAUUACCGCGCAAUUCCUACGAAUAAGGUAAAGAACAAUAGUACCAGUAACUUGACCGAAGUGUAUCUCCUGCCUCCAGACUACAAGCCAGGUCAGUUCCCAAAAGUGAUCAACAACGGUUAUAUCGAGACAGGGGAGGGGCACGGGAUUAAUUACAGAACGGGAAGUUUCAGUCUUGGGCGGGAUGCAAAACGAAGGGACGCAGAAUCGCGGCAGUGUGCAAAUCUACGUGCAGAAAAUUCAGUAAAGAGGGCCAGUAUCUAUGAUAACGUGCCAACAGAGGAAUCUCUGGAAGCUGACAGAAAUGAACUGGAUGAAAUUCUUCAGAAACUCUAUGACAAUAUCAAUGGAUUUACCCAAGCAGUUAGCACUGAUGAUUUUGCAGAUUUAGAAAAGGAGAUUAACGUUCUACGUGACCUAAGAACGUUCGACAGCAUGAUGGGUUUGGAUUCGGGGACAGAUGCAUUUGAUUCACAGCAAAAGCAAGAAUUAGAAUUGGAACUAGAUUUGGAUUUUGAAGCUGCCUCUGAAGCUAGCACACACGACAUUAGUGCAGAGGUCUUGAGUGACAGUGAUGCGGAAACAGAUGCUGGAAAAUUCUUUGAGCCUGGAAUCAGUAGAGAACGUCGGGACUCUGGUGUCGGUUCCUCUUUGACUAGAGCACCAAGUUUGAAAAAACGUAACCGGAUUCGGUGGACGAGUUUCCAGAAAUCACAUCGACCCAGUUUCCGUAGCCAUAGCACUCAAAUUUGCACAUUAUCUGUGGGUCAGUUCCGAAAACUACAAAGUGUAUGUAUGCUGACUAUAACAACGCUGCUGGAGAAGUACUCACCCGCAAGUCGUUCUGGGUGGAACUGGUUGGUGCCAAGAUUCAUUAAGAAGACCAAAGUGCCAGACUACAAAGACAAGAAAGUUUUUGGGGUUCCGCUCAUGGAGACGCUGCGGAGAACAGGGCAGCCACUACCUCAGUGCAUUCUUUAUGCAAUGAGGUAUUUGCGAAAAACGGCAAAAGAUGCAGAUGGAAUCUUCCGGAAAUCUGGAGUCAAAUCUCGGAUACAGAAAUUACGGGAGCAGAUUGAAGCAAAUUCAGAUUUGGUUGAUUUCAGUGAUAUGCAGGCCUAUGACAUUGCCGAUUUGACAAAGCAAUAUUUUCGUGAACUUCCUGAGUGUUUGCUCACUAACAAAUUAUCAGAAACAUUCAUUGAUAUUUUUACACACGUUCCCAAAGAGUAUCAGCUGGAAGCUGUGAAUACAGCGAUCAUUCUAAUGCCCGAUGAAAACAGAGAAGUCCUUCAAUCGUUGCUUCUUUUCCUGAGUGACAUUUCAGAUUCUGCAGAUCAACAUCAGAUGACUGCCAGUAAUUUAGCCGUUUGUUUUGCUCCUUCUCUCUUUAAUCUUGUCAACGUGAAAAGCACUGCCAGUCCUAGUCUUCGACGAAACAAAAAACAACAAGGAGUUCCUGAUUCUAAAGAAAUCUUGGAACCAGCUCAUGAAUGUCUUGUAUUUAUGAUUAAAAAUUCCAAAGCCCUUUUUACCGUUCCUCAAGAGACCAUAGCAAAAUGCCGGUUCACCAGAAGUGAUCUGAAUAGCCCAAGGCACAUAAAAGAUUUUGAUAUGAAUAAUGGCAAUCCAUAUUUGUUUGUGGAUAGCAACACAAACAUUCUUCUAAAGGAAUCAAGGGAAAGGUUCCGUAACUGGAUAAUGUGUUCCCCAAUCAAUGGUAUCGAUGUUGCCUUCAAGAAAGCUGAAGACUUUCAUCUUUUGCGUCAAUGGAUGUGCAAUGCUGAAAUUGAAGCUCCACCAGAAGAAGUUCUGAACCGAUUACUCACAGAACGAUAUCUGUGGGAUGAAGACCUUCAAGAAUGCUCUGUGAUUGAAAAACUAAGUGAACAGACUGAUAUUUUGGAGUACACAAGGAACAGUAUGCCUCCACAUCCGGCUCGAGAUUAUUGCUUGCUCAGGUCUUGGAGAACAGAUCUUCCAAAAGGAGCAUGUGCUUUGUUUAGCACAUCUGUUAAACAUAGUGCAGCAAAAAUUAGCAAUGUUGAAGGCAUUGUGAUGGAGUCAAAUUAUUUGAUUGAGCCUUGUGGGGCUGGCAAGUCACGGGUGACUCACAUGAGCCGAGAAGACAUGGGGGGACGUUCCGUGAGAUGGUACAAUCUGGCAUAUGGGCAUAUCAAUGCUAACUUUAUGGAUCGUUUGAGGACAAGUUUCCAACAGAUUGCUUCUGGCCCAGAAACAAAACUCUAA